AUGGCAACGAGCGUUGGCAAGCGGAUUGUGUUUACUGGCGGCUCUGGAAAAGCUGGGAGGCACUGUAUCCCAUAUCUCUUAGCAAAAGGCCACCAAGUCCUCAAUUUGGACCUGGUGGAAUUCCCAAAGGAUCACCUACCGCCGGGCAAGAAUGUGUAUACUAUGAAAUGUGACCUUACUGACGGGGCUCAAACCUUCAACGCCUUGUCAUCACUUUUCUCCAUGGACGAGUAUGCUCUACCAAAGCACCCAGGGCCACCUGACGCGGUCAUCCACUUUGCGGCAUAUGCUCGAAACAUGAUUGUUCCUGACAGCGAAACAUUUCGUGGCAAUGUCAUGAGCACCUACAAUGUGGUGGAAUCUGCGUGCAAAUUGGGGGUGCGCAAAAUCAUCCUUGCCAGCAGCGAGACGACAUAUGGCGUGUGCUUCAGUCAAGGAGAUGAUGAUUAUCAUUCUUUCCCACUUGACGAGGAUACCUACGAUCGCAAUCCGAUGGACACCUAUGCGUGCAGCAAGCUGGCUGGAGAGCGCAUUGGCCGCACAUUUGCACGUCGCUUCGGCGUUGACAUCUAUGCGCUCAUCAUCGGCAACGUGAUUGAGCCGCAUGAAUAUGAAAGAGACUUUCCUCGCCAUGUAGGAAGUCCAGAAACCAGGAAAAGAAACGCCUGGAGUUAUAUUGACGCACGAGACCUUGGCCAGAUCUGCGAUUUGUGUGUUGCAAAGGAUGGGUUAGGAUUUCAGGCGUUCAACGCGACGAAUGACACGAUUACCACCUCCAUUCCUACGGAGGAAUUUCUGAAGAAAAGCUGUCCUGGCACUCCAAUCUCGCGCAAGAUGGAUGAGUGGGAGGCACCGUUGUCGAACAAGAAGAUCCGGGAAGUGCUGGGUUACCGUGAUGUCCACGAUUGGCGCAAAUACUAUCAUCACAAAGAGUGA